UUUCGACGUUAAACAGUAACGUUAACCAUAAAAAAUAAGUAUUCCGAUUAAUCAACUUAACUUGACAUUGACAAAAACUGUAAAUAUACGUGCUGUUUGAAACACUUAAUAAACAUAUGAUUCAUACAGGCGGUGAGAAAAUGAAAUUUCAUUCACGAAAAUGGUUAAACGUACCAUGUCGAGACGUGCCAAUGAUGAAUAAAAAAGAUUCAUGUUUUUCAGUGGUUAGUUACAAUAUGACCAUAAACAUAAAAUGGAAUAAUCUAAACAAGACCCUGUUCUUAUUCGCCAUGACGUCAUCCUGUUUACGGAAGUACAUCCACGCGUGGGCCAGAUUCAGAAAUCGUCUCCGCCGACGAUUUUAUGCUCGUAGAGGUCAGACGAUAGACCCAUCAACAAUUGUGAACGAGACUGGUACCAGGGACAUGGUUAUUACUAAAACUUACAAGACUAACAAAAUAUUACCAGAAAGCUUAGCUGCACCAGGGACAAUUGCAAAAGAAUGUCCAGGAGCUGUAUGUGAACCAGUUACAGGAAUUAAUGAAGGCUUUGAAAAACUCGUCGGAGAAUACGUGGCGUGUAUUAUAAACAAGGCUGCACACUCUUUGUGCAUAGAGAGACUGGUGUCGCUAGGCAACACAAAUAUCAUCAUGGACAAUUCUGCAGACAAUGUUUUUCUGUCACCAAGUAUCAUCAGCCAAAUCGCCAACAUAGCAGUGGCAGAAAGUCUAUCCAAUAUUGUAUUAGAAUCAGACAUCAACUAAUCCGCCAUUCACAGAGAUAUCAAAGAAUUUAUGGUGCAGAUGUCUUUGAAACUGUUGGCGAGGAACUUGAUGAUGCCCAACCUAUUGCCAGAUUAUAAUUGCUGAGAAGGAAACUAAAGACAAAUGUAUUUAGCCGAAGCUGAUUUUUGUUAAUAUUUUGUUAACUUUUUCAUCGAAUCAUAUUUCCAUAUUUUUUUUGUGUGAGGUUCUGAAUUUGAUCUUUUGCAAUAAAGUUCAUAGAAACUUCAAAAAAAAAGUGUUUGUUUUGACUGAACGUAUUGUUUUGUCGUUUUCUUUCUUGAGAAUCAUUCUGAUUAUUAUAAUUCGUAUAAAACAGCUGUACCACAUUUUUAUGAGCUGACAAUGCAUGCCAUUGUGAUGCCCUUGUUAACUUAAGCAUGGUAGAUCUAAUCAUUUUCCACAGUCUAGCAUAAAACUGUUGUUUCUGUCGUUCUCAAUGAGUGUUUUAUUUAAGAAAUAAUUUAUAGCAAAGCCGUGUUUCAACACUAUUUAUACACGAUGAGCGGUUAUACGCCAGGUGUAAUAACAGCCCGAGUGAAAUUAUGGCGCCAAAUGGUAGGUCGUCACGCUCCCUUGUCUAUACACGCCAGGACCGGAAAUGGUUUUGUUUUGUUUGUUUGUUUCGGGUUUAACGCCGUUUUUUCAACAGUUUUUCAGUCCUGUAACGGCGGGCAGUUAACCUAACUAGUGUUCCUGGAUUCUGUACCAGUACAAACCUGUUCUCCGCAAGUAACUGCCAACUUCCCCACGUGAAUUAUCAGAGGUGGAGGACGAAUGAUUUCAGACACAAUGUCUUUUAUCAAAUCGUCACGGAGAACAUACGCCCCGCCCGAGGAUCGAACUCGUGAACCCGCGAUCCGUAGACCAACGCUCUCCCUACUGAGCUAAGCGGGCGGGCUUGCGUCUUGAGGAAUAGUUCCAUUACGCCAAAAAUGAUGGCGAAUUAUUCUGCACAGCGAAUUAUCAAUUCAGUGUAUGUAUAAAUCAAUCAAGACGGUUGUACUAUGUGACAUUUCGUUUUAAAUAUGUUUCUUUGUAAAAUAUUUGAUCAAAUUUGAAAACGCUAUUUCUUGAUGCAUACAUGGCGCUAAAUAUCACGUCGAUGUGACGUCAACAUAAUAUCAUUGCUAAUAAUAUUAGAAUAGGAGAGUAAACUUAUGUUAACAGAGAGAAUCUCGCGCUAACGCGCUGUUAAUUUCAGUCGAAAUUUACUUCAUACUCAGUGGUUCUCCAUACACAGUGGUCUAGUUGUGGACUACGAAACCAGGGAUCGUGAGUUUGAGAUCCUGCUCCUACAAUUAACAUUCUGAUAAGGGUCGUGUGUAUGGGUUUUUUAAAACAAGAGGGUCAUGAUGACCCUGGAUCGCUCACCCGAGUAAUUAGAGCUACAUUGACAAGUGUAAGAGAGCAGGCAAGAAAGUCAAAUAUAAGUUAGCAUUGUAAUCUUUCCCCGGUUGUGUGAACAUGUUUCAAAUGUCUAACUGAUGCUAAAAUAUAAAGUUUUUGACCGCACAUGACCAAGAUUCGAACUUGACUUAAAAAUCAUAACGAUUAACAUUCUGAUCAAGUUUGAUGAAGAUACAGUCUUAAAUGUGGCCUCUAGUUGUUACAAAGCUUUUCCUUUGAUUUGACCUGGUGUCCUAGAUUGAUUUUGA